GUUUUGUUGGCGCCCUUGGAACCUGCAAGGCUAAACUCAAUGGGAAGACCCUAAUAACUUAGCACGGCCCCAAAGCGUUGCUGAUUGAUGAACCGAGGCUUCCAUGACGAGAGCCGUGCGGUCGAGCAAAGUUCCAGAACAGGCACGGGUAUGAGGCGGGCUUGUCGGAAAGUAAAAAUCUCGUUAUCGGUGAUCCCUAUUUGCUGAAGACUUUAGCUCCCUAACUUAGAGACGGAGAGUACGAGGUAGUCCUACUGUGCUGCGUACCAUCGCCUGUAUGGCAUAGCUCCAGUCGCUGAUAGUGCAAAUGCCGGGGAUUAACUGAAUCAACGACGGCGUCGAUCAGCUUAACUCUGUCCGUAAGAAAUGGCAGCUUUGGCCGGGUUGUAUCCGUAUGUACACUUGUUGGAAACGGUCUUGAUGUGGCAUCGUUCACCGCCAACGUCGCUGCGAGCCUGGGACGCACGAAGGCGAGGGCGUGCCGGUCCAUGGCGGUCCACCAAAGCAAAAGGCGACAGGGAUCAGGGGCUGAUGUACAUGGCUGCGUGGCCGCAACGUGAUGUCGCAGGCGGCGGAGGCGCAGAGAAAAAUUUGGGUGGUCAGUGGGUGAGUGGGUGGGUGCGUGCGGCGUGCGCCGUGUCGCAUCCUGCUGAAAAAGCCACGCGCCGAUCUGUGCUGGAGGCCGAGAGCGGGACUGGACUGGACUCUUUAAUGGCGGCAUUUCGCUCGUGCGGUUGGCUGUCCCGUGCUUUGCAGGAUCUUUUGUCACCCCCGUCUUGUCCGCUGGUGGAUCACGAGGAAUUGUUACUGACGAUCACAAAAGUCAAACAGACGCUUCGUAGUGUGGAAUCCCAAAACAUCUGCUUGUUUCAUCGUGAGCGUGCUGAUGCUUCCUGGCUCCAGUCGUCAGGUCUGGUCGGAUUGUGCCUCGCCGUGGCUGGCCUCUGUCUGUCGACCAGCAGACAUGCCCGUUCAAGAUGCAAUGUACGAGCCACGGAUUGGUGCUACAAUGGCUGCUGGCGACAGCCGACCUCUAGCAAGACUACGUACGCAGUCACCCUGGUAUCGCUACUAUACAGUGAGGGGUGCAUGACCCCGAGUCUGGCAGCUGGACAGCGCUCGCCAACAAUUUUGACCUGACCGACUUUGGUCCUCCCUCUGAUGCGACUUCACGUGCAGUCAGAUCUAGCAAUACUAGUGCCUGAACUUACAGUAGUAGCAGGUACUUGUAGACCGCCUUAUUCCAGAAUUCGACAAGCAAUUCCGACCACCAGUGUUUGUGAUUUCUCUACUCGUUUGUUCGAGCGGAGCAG